UCGUUCAAGCCCGAUUACAUAUUUUCGUGGUAGAAACCCUUAUUUCCCCACCCCCGAUAAACAGAUUCAUCUAUUCCUCUCUCUAGUUUUCUCUCUCUAAUUCUGGAAAAAAAUGAACAAGGGACCUGGACUCUUCUCCGAUAUCGGCAAGAAAGCCAAAGAUCUUCUGACAAAAGAUUACGGCACGGACAAGAAAUUCUCCAUCUCAACUUACAGUGAUGCCGGAGUGGCCUUUACAUCAGCUGCAGUUAAGAAAGGAGGGUUCUCAACUGGCGAUGUGGCAGCAUUAUACAAAUACAACAACGCUGUACUUGAUUUCAAAGUUGAUACAGAAUCAAAUAUAUCUGUGACUGCUACUUUCACUGACAUUGUUCCCUCCACAAAGACUAUUGCUUCGCUCAAGCUGCCCGAUUACAAUUCUGGCAAGGUGGAGGUUCAGUACUUCCAUCACCAUGCAACUUUCACCACAGCCAUUGGUCUGAACCAAACCCCUGCUAUUGAUCUUUCAACCACCAUUGGUACCCCAACAAUCGUUUUUGGUGCAGAGGCUGGCUACGACACUGCUUCGGGUAAAUUCACCAAGUAUACUGCUGGCAUUUCCGUGGAAAAACCAGACUCUUAUGCUUCAAUAAUUUUAGCCGACAAAGGUGACACUAUCAGGGUAUCACAUGUCCACUAUCUAGAUGAAUUGAAGAGGAGUGCUACUGGGGGAGAGAUAACUAGAAGGUUCUCCACGAAUGAUAACACAUUCACCUUUGGAGGGUCAUUUGCAGUUGAUAAUCUGACAGUGGUGAAAGCAAAGCUCAACAAUCACGGAACGCUGGGUGCCCUCUUGCAGCACGAGCUCAUGCCGAAAUCAGUUCUUACCAUCUCCAGUGAGUUUGACACCAAGGCCUUGGAGAAGACUCCCAGGUUAGGUUUGUCUCUUGCUCUGAGGCCUUGAUGGUUUUUAAUUGUCGGUCGGAGAUGAUACCUUGCGAUUUUUUUUUGGCUAUUGUGCCUGAAUUGAAAGGAAGGGCUCAAUAAGGAGUUCCAUAUAGGAUUGUUAGGUUCUCAAUGAUACUGGAUGCAUUACUUGGAUAUGCAGGUCCUGCCAUGUACACUAUUUCUUUUAUGUGCAGGUUUUUUUUGAGAGUUUUAUUUAUUUGUUUAUUAUUAUUAUUGAAAAAUUAAACAAAUACACACACUCAUAUUUAUUUUCAUUAGAUUGGAACACACCCGAUCUUUCCUUCGGGAAGGACGACUUGUACCAGCUGAGUUAUUGUCCAUUGGAUUUAUUGGAGAGUUGCCUACUGUGUAUUUUUAAUGUUAUUUAGCCUUAAAA